GCAAAGACAAUUCAGAAAUGAGUGCGCAGUCGAUAGAGAUGAAGCACAGACUGGCAGUGAUUGAGGCCAGGCUGGAGGCCAGCGAAAACCAGAUUGAGGAGCUCAAGAAAAAAGAGAGCACCAUGGUCAUGUUCACUGCAAUAAUACAAAAAGGUGGAGCGUACGGACCCUUUAACACAAAUGUCACUUUGACCUACAACAAUGUGAUUAUGAACAUUGGCGAUGGCUACAACAGCUCUACAGGUAUCUUCGUUGCACCGGUUGCAGGUGUCUAUUAUUUCACAUUCUCCUAUCACGCUGGGGGACAUGAAAAGACCAUUCUAGACAUGUACAAGAACAGCACUUUGAUUGUUAGGAGUUCUGACCACAAGUCAAAUGUCGUCACAGCUCACAACGGAGGAAACGCUUCCUUCCUGCAGCUGGUCAAAGGGGACCAGGUGUAUGUGCGCAUGCUCGCUCAAUCUCAUAUUUGGGCCGCUGAGCUCCACACCACAUUCAGUGGGUUUCUGGUCAGUCCAAUGUGAGUGAGAUUGAUUGACAGAGUUCAAACAUCAACCCAGAAAUUUAUGAAAUUAAGAAUAUUGCAAGAGCAAUUAAGUUCAAAUUCUCUAAAAAUGUGUUUCAAAAAUAUAAACAUAUUAAUCAUAUUAGUUAAUAAAUGGGUUUGGUGACACACGCUUAACAAUGUGCAUUUGAUUUGUACUGAUCAGUUCCCAAAGAAGACAUUUCAUUAUAGGAUAACAAAGAACAAAACUACGAUAUGAAGAAAAUAUACUAGAACACAAAGUCCUGCAAAUGUGUUUCUUUGAGAA